AUGGAGCCGAUAUCCAAGACACAAAACACCAUUCACGACGAUUCCAAAUCAAUGGGGAGGCGAUUUGUCGAUCUUGCCAAGUUUCUAUCAACUCUCAAAAGUGAUCUUGAUCUCGCAAAUGUCACAGCUCCGCCAUUCUUUCUAGCCCCUGCUUCAGUCGUUGAAAACCCCGGCAGCUGGGCAAAACGACCUUGUCUCUUCACCGCGCCAACAAAAGAGCAAGAUCCGGCGAAACGAAGUCUAGCCGUGCUACAACUGUUUCUUGCGGGUCUGAGGAGUCAGCUGUACGUCGCCGGUGCCCCGAAUGUCAGCAUCAAGAAGCCGCUGAAUGCUUUCCUCGGUGAACUCUUCCUUGCGUCGUGGAGUGAGGAGGAUAGCAAUACGGAACUGGUGGUUGAGCAGGUCAGCCACCAUCCUCCGAUCACAGCGAUGCAUAUCGCAAGCAAAGAGCACAGGAUUAGGGCAGAUGGUUACGGAAGAGUGGAAAUGACUUUCAAUGGAAAUAUCAACAUUCGACAAAUAGGGCACGCCAUUAUCCACCUCGACAAAUUCAACGAGGACUACCUGGUGCCACUAACAGAUGUCACCGUCCGGGGCUUCCUGUCUGCGUGUCUGUAUCCAGAGAUCGUCGGCACUUAUACCAUUGUUUCAAGCUCGGGAUACGUGUCAGAGAUUGAUUUUUCAGGAGCAGGCUUGUUCAGAGGAAAGCGAAACUUUUUCGAGGCGCGCAUAUAUCACAAAGAUACACCAAAAAAGACCUACUAUAAGCUCUCAGGAGUGUGGAGCGAGGGAUGGAAGAUCACUGACAGCAAAGGAAAGUUGGUGGAAACAUACAGCAUUGAUGCGGAGAACUUGUCUGCACAGAUGCAAAUCGACCCAGUUGAAAAGCAAAACCCGCGGGAAUCAAGAAGGGCAUGGGAAAAUGUCAUUUCGUCCCUUGAGCAAGGAAACUAUCGGGAUGCAUCGGCAGCGAAACACGAAGUGGAGGAGUGUCAACGGCAGAAGAGGAGGGACGAAAAGGCCCAAGGGAAAACGUGGGAACCGAGUCUCUUCAAGAGUAUGCCAGGAGAUGAGCAUAAGGCGUUCCAUCGCCUGGCCAAAGGAACUAAGUGGGAGUUGCAAGACUCGGAAACGAAAGGAGUGUGGAGGCUUGAUGAUGCAAGCUUAGAUCUGAUGCGGAGUGGGGAGGUCAACGUUUGA